AUGGGGAAGGACACCUUCACUCUCGCCGGCCGGGAAUGGCCUAGGGUCACUUGGUGGAAGAUGAAGGGCAUGCGCACCGUCUAUCUCACUCUCUGGGCGGCCAUGAUCACCUCUGCGACCAACGGCUACGAUGGAUCGCUGAUGAACGGUCUGGAGGCCAUGCCCUCGUGGAAUGACUCCUAUAACCACCCGAAUGGCUCCACUCUGGGUCUUCUGGCAGCGGCCAUGUCGAUCGGCUCCAUGAUUUCGAUUCCCGUUGUCCCCUAUGUUGCAGAUAUCAUGGGUCGUCGCGCCGGUGUGGUCCUUGGCUGUGUGAUCAUGCUUUUCGGUGUUGCCAUGGUUUCGAUUGGAUAUCGCAUUGCGCUCUUCGUCGUUGGUCGUAUCAUUCUCGGUUUCGGUCUCGGUAUUGCUCAGGAAUGUUCGCCCCUGCUUGUUACGGAGUUGGUGCACCCUCAGCACCGAGCUGUCUACUCGUCCAUUUACAACAGUUUGUGGUACGUGGGCUCCCUCAUUGGAGCCUGUGUUGCUUUGGGAACGAACCACAUUAUCAACAGCGACUGGUCAUGGCGUGUGCCUUGUCUCUUGCAGGGAAUUCCAUCCAUCUGCCAGCUGAUCUUCAUUUGGACUGUUCCCGAAUCCCCCCGUUGGCUCAUCUCGAAGGGCAGACUGGAGCAAGCGAAGAAGGUCUUGGCAUACGUGCAUGCCCAAGGAGACGAAGACGAUGAAUUGGUCAACAUCGAGUUCGAUGAGAUCCGACAGACUAUUGAGCUGGAGAAGGAGUUCGAGGGCAACAACUGGACUGAGUUCUGGUCUACCCCUGGUAACCGCCAUCGUUUGAUCAUCUUGGUUUCCAUUGGUUUCUUCUCUCAGUGGUCGGGUAACGGAAUUGUCUCCUACUUCCUCCCUCAGGUCUUGAAAAUGAUUGGCAUCACCGACAGCAACAAGCAACUCACCAUCAACCUGAUUCUGAGUGCAGUCAACGUGGUCUCCGCCACCGGUAUUUGCUUCUUCGUCGAUUACUUCGGCAGACGCAAGCUCUUCUUGACAUCCAGUUUCAGCAUGCUUGCGUGCUAUGUCGCGUCAACCAUUGCUCUAGCCCGCUUCAAGAUUUCCGACGAUGCCGGAGUGAAGAACGACAACGCCGCCAACGCCGUCCUUGGUUUCAUGUUCCUCUUCUACAUUGCCUACAACAUCGGUUACAGUGGUCUGUUGGUUUCCUACUCCUCUGAGAUUCUGCCCUACCGCCUCCGUGCCAAGGGUCUCACCAUCAUGUUCUUCUGUGUCGAUCUGUCUCUCUGGUUCAACCAGUAUGUGAACCCCAUCGCGCUGCAGGACAUUGGCUGGAAGUACUACAUUGUUUACUGUAUCUUCCUGGUCUUUGAGAUCGCCGUCGUCUGGAAGUACUACGUUGAGACCAAGGAGAUUCCUUUGGAGGAGAUUGUCAAGAUGUUCGAUGGUGAUACUGCUAUUCUGGGAGGUGCGGCUGCUUCUGAGAAGGUUAUGCAACUCACCGCCAGUGGAGCCCAUGGCAGAUCUGCCUCGGCCGAUGGUGGUGAGAAGGCGAUUUCUACCCAGGUUGAGCUGUAA